AUGAAUGCUUGGAUUCUCUUCGUUUUAUUAGCGGCAUCUUUUUUUCAUAUUUUUUCUAUCAGGAAUUUUGUAAGGGAAUCUCCUCUAGGAUUAAAUUUUACUAUUACACCUUUACAAUUUCUUGAUUCUUUAUCAAUUGAAAUCGAAGAUAAUACUUUAUUGGAACCACAUACUAGAUAUGAGCUUAAAAUAAGAGAAAGGUUAGAUAGCGGUUCAGCUCCUUUAUAUGCAGUAUCUUAUCAAAAAAAGGAAAAAUCAAUCGAGUAUAAUAUUAAUGGAAGAAGUCUUAAUGUUUCAUAUAUAGUUUUAUAUGAUAUAUAUUUUAGCUCCUGUGGUGGCCUGUCAUUAGAAACCUGGACAUAUGUGAAUUACGGUGAACCUAAUUCUUGGGUUUAUUUUGGAAGAAACAAGUUAAUGAAUGGACCUGUAAGCGGACAUUAUCAGGAUCUCAUUUGUUUAGGCUGGGAACAAAGCAAAGCUAAUUUCGGACACACAAUUUUUGAUUUUUUGAGUCCAUUGAUGCUGAUACCUGAAGAUAUUAGAAAAACAACACCUAUAGUAAUGAAUGGGAUAUAUAAAUUCGUUAAUGAAGUUUUUGAUUUGAUGGAAAUUCCAAAUAAUAAUAGAGUUGUCAUAAAAGAAAAUACAUGGGUUCAUGUUGAUAGAUGCUACACAUUUUUGAAGCCCAUGGUUUGUUUGUCAGUAGCAGGAAGAGCUACAAUCGAUUUAAGUAAAUUAUUACGUGAAAAAUUUGAUUUGGAUAAGAUUGAACCAACACGUUUCUAUUAUUCAAAUAGAGAAAAGCUCAAACCUCGCUAUAUUACAAAUAUGGAAGAUUUAGUAGAAAGUAUCAAAAUUAACUUUCCAAAUAUUCCAUUUACGAUCCUUAGAGAUAAUUAUAGGACACUAAGAGAAACAGCACUUAAAUGGGCGAAAGCAAAACUUGUAGUUGCUCCAAUUGGAUCAAAUUGUCUCAAAUUAAUAUUUAUGAAAAAAGAAACCGUUGUUAUUGCUGCUCAAACAUAUGAAAGAGAAGAGAUAUAUUGCCCUCUUUUACCUUCAGCUCUUAGCAUAUUCUUUUUACAGUAUUCCGCCCUUGAUUGCUCACAAUUCUUUAAUACUGGAGGCCCAAUCAAUAUCUCAUUAACAAUUAAGAUGAUUGAAAUUGGCUUGCGAUGUGUUAAUGAUAAAAAGUGGCCUUCAGAUGUAUUUUAA